AUGGUUAAUCUGCUGGAUGUUAUUCAGUAUACCCGUACCACCACAUGGUUAAUCUGCUGGAUGGUUAUUCAGUAUAACCCUGAACACCACAUGGUUAAUCUGCUGGAUGUUAUUCAGUAUACCCUGAACACCACAUGGUUAAUCUGCUGGAUGUUAUUCAGCAUACCCUGUACACCACAUGGUUAAUCUGCUGGAUGUUAUUCAGUAUACCCUGAACACCACAUGGUUAAUCUGCUGGAUGUUAUUCAGUAUACCCUGUACACCACAUGGUUAAUCGCUGGAUGUUAUUCAGUAUACCCUGUACACCACAUGGUUAAUCUGCUGGAUGUUAUUCAGUAG